UUCUUUUUCUUUGAUAAAAGGAAGACGACUGAGUUGGUCGAGUCUUAGUUGAAUCGCUAAAGCCACCGAACUUACCUGUUCGCAGCCUCGUCUGGUUGUGUGUGCGCGUCCGCGUGUGCCAGUGCCUUAUUCUCUUGUGUCGUGCCGUGUCUCACUCAGAACUUUUGGAAUUUUUUAUUUUGGACCUACACCAGCGUUGCCAGUUUGAUUGCCGAUUUAUUUGACGGUUGAGAAAAUUAGACGACAGCAAUUUUCUGUUGUUCCAGUGUUUAUUGUUUUCCUUUCGGACGCUAAGUGUCCGCAAACGAGGACGACGUCGAGCGUCGGCGUCGCGAUCAAUUGAUUGGCGGGCGGCAACCCCUUUUAAAUCCUGCCCGAACAAAAAAACAAGAGAGCGGAGAAUUCCGUGCCAAUUACUCUACACAAAAUGAUGUCUGAAGACAUGAUGAACAGCGGCGGAGUACCGAAGACGUCCGCGCCACCAUCGCCUCCCGUCCACCGCAUGGGUGCCGACAACGAAGCCGGCAAUGCCGGCAUCACAGAAGCCAUUUUUGUUCGCAAUGCGUGCAAGAGUUACGGCGUUGGCAAACGCCGAUCGACCGUCUUGCGCGGACUUGAUAUGAACGUCAAAAAGGGAACCAUAUACGGAUUGCUCGGAGCUAGCGGUUGCGGCAAAACGACUCUGCUGAGCUGCAUCGUCGGCCGGCGCAGUUUCGACAGCGGCGAAGUGCUCGUCUUUGGUGGCGAACCCGGCUCGAUCGAAAGUGGCAUUCCCGGCCCGAGGGUCGGCUACAUGCCUCAAGAAUUGGCACUUUACGGCGAAUUCACCAUCAAAGAGACGCUUCAGUAUUUCGGACGCAUCUACAAUUUGCCAGCCAGCUUUGUCAAAUCGCAGAUGGAAUUCCUCUUCAACCUGCUCGACCUGCCACCUGGCCAUCGUUACGUCAAGACGCUCAGCGGCGGCCAGCAGCGACGCGUCUCGUUCGCCGUCGCUUUGUUUCACGAGCCCGAACUGCUCAUCUUGGACGAACCGACUGUCGGUGUCGAUCCGCUAUUAAGGCAGAGCAUCUGGAACCACUUGGUGCGACUGAGUACCGACCACGGCCGGACGGUCAUCAUUACCACCCAUUACAUUGAAGAAGCCCGACAGGCUCACACGAUUGGACUGAUGCGUUCGGGUCACUUGCUUGCUGAAGAGUCGCCACAUAACCUGCUUUCCCUGCACGGACUGGGCACGCUCGAGGAUGUCUUUCUCAAGUUGUGCAUGAAGGAUGGCGUCGUCAAGCACGGCACGGAUCCAGUGGUCGCCACCAUUACUGGUGGCAAGAGCGGCUACCCCACCAUCACGCAAGACAUGGAGGGUCACGAUAAUCCGGCCUACGUUCAGACUUACAACAAUGUCGACGCCAUCGCGGCGGACAUUGAUCACCAGCAUCACGACAGCCGGGACGAAGAAGAGGAUCACAAAGCUCUAUCGCAACUUUCGAUCAUUCCUUUGGGCGCCCAGUACUGGAAGAACACAAAAUCGAUUUUACCGGUAGCUGAUGAUGACGGCAUUGUUGGCUUGACUUUCAGUCCGUCCGGCGACAGCAUGGUGCACACGUACAGCAACAAGGCGGCCAACAAUCAUCAGCACAUCAACCAAAUGAACGCGUUCAACAAUCAGGGCAACGACGACUCUGCCACGGCCACCUUCGACACGAAGGAGAGCCUCUUCAAUUUGAAGCACGGCGGCAGCAGCACCAAUGGAAGCAGUUCGAGCACGGCUAGUUGCAGUAGCGCCAGCAGCAACGCUGGCGAUACGAGCAGCAGCUGCGGCAGCACGGCGGCCAGCAGCCGGGCGGUGGGCAAGCGCCGCAGCGGCACAUUUAAAUUGGCCAUUCCGUCUUGGCAUCGCAGCGCCGCUCUCAUCCGCAAGAAUUUCAUGCAGACCUUCCGCAACAUUGGAAUGUUUUUGUUCAUCUUCCUUUUGCCCGCCGCCCAAGCGAUUCUCUUUUGUUUGGCUAUUGGUCGUGAUCCUACCUUCCUCAAAAUGGCUGUUGUCAACGAUGAGCUGGAUCCGAGUCAGGGCCGCAUUUGCAACUACACGGCCGAUUGCACGUAUUCCAUGUUCAGUUGUCGCUAUCUUCGAUUCGUAGACAAUACGACGAUAGUCCAGGUUCCAUUCAAAAGUUUAACGGACGCAAUGGACGCUACGAGACGGGGCGAAGUGUGGGGCGUGGUCCAUUUCGGCCAGAAUUUCACGGACGAGUUGGUGGUACGCCAAGCGGAUGGCAAUCAUGCGGACAACGAGACGAUCCUCGCCAGUCGUAUAGCCAUCACCCUCGAUUGGUCCAACCAGCAGAUUUCGCUGACUCUCCAACGGCGCCUCAUUGAGGCAUUUGAAGAUUUCAGCAAAGAUGUUUUGUCUGCGUGCUCUUACGAGCCUGCGGCUGCCAGCAUCCCUGUCACGUUUUUGGAUCCAAUCUACGGCGAAAAGAAACCAUCCUUCACGGAAUUUAUGGCGCCAGGCAUUAUUCUAACAAUUGUCUAUUUCAUUGCCGUCGCCCUGACGGCUGCCGUUUUCAUCAACGAGAGAAAGUCGGGUCUUCUCGACCGCAGCAUUGUGGCCGGUGUUCAAAUGACUGAAAUCAUGUUGGCUCAUCUGGUCAAUCAGUUCACUGUCCUCAUCGGUCAGACGGCGCUCGUCUUCUUGUUCAUGCUUCUCGUUUUCAACAUUGCCUGCCACGGCAGUUUGGCCCUGGCCGUCUUCAUCACUCUUCUUCAGGGAUUGUGCGGCAUGUCUUACGGUCUGGUGGUGUCGACUCUGUGCGACGAAGAGACCAGCGCCAUCCACUUGUCGCUGGGCAGCUUUUAUCCGAACCUCUUGCUCAGCGGUGUGCUCUGGCCCAUGGAAGGCAUGCCCGUCUACUUGCGUUACGUCUCCUACUUUCUACCGCAGACGUACGCUGUCGAGUCGUUGAGGAACGUCUUCGGUCGAGGUUGGGGCAUCGAAAGGCCCGAGGUUUACUUUGGCAUUGUGAUCAGCUUUAGCUGGAUUUUUGCCCUCUUGGCUUUGAGUCUCAUCGUCGUGCGCAUUCGCAAGUACACGGGUUAACGUCUCAACGCGGACAAAGAGGCCCAGCAGACGACGCUACAUGAAUAGAGAGGAACGUCGUAUUUUUGUAUCAUUCCAGACGAGAGAAGAAUCAUUUCUCUUUUUUUGUUUUUCAAUGACGGACAAAUUUGAUUCUUUUUCUUCGUUCCCGGGUUUUUUUUUUUUAUUAUUUUCUUUUAUUUUCGAUAUGUCGACAUUUAAACAAAAAAUCGCUAAAUAAUUUUACCUAAAUUUCUAUUUGUUUUGAAUGUUUGUUUGUUUUUUUCUUUUUUUUUUUCUUUUGGAAGGAAAUAGUGAGGGUUUUUGUGUGUGUGUGUGUGUGUGUGUGUGUGUGUGUGUUAGACCCGCGUAUUCUGUUCAGCUUGUCAAAAACGUGUGCUCAAAAGACGCAUCUGAUAUCCUCGUCCAUUUCCCAACCAUCAAACGAUUAGAAAUCGACAACAUCUUUUUAAUUUAAAAAAAAAAAAAGGGAAUUAAGUUAGCGAACAAAACAUUUAUUUUUCAAUUGACACCGUUGGCUUUUUUUUUUCUUGGUAUACAUUUUGGAUCAAAUAUUUGUGACAGUUCCCGUUUUCCCAUCACAUGACUUCUGUACAUCCCCUUAGAUCAUUUCUUCUGUUUUUUUUUUUAUGAUCGAUUUCCCUCUUCUUUUUUUUAGAGAGAUCCGUGGGAUUAAAGGCAAACAAAUAUGAUGGGGUUCAUUGCCACUCGUCUACGUUACGUGGGCGAGCUUGUGUGGGCAUUUGUGUAUGUAUGCGUAGUGUUAUUUCUAUUUUUAUAUAAAUAUGCAGGAUGUGUUCUUUUUAACGUUCGAUUUUACAAUUAUCUUAUUCAAAGCGUUAGGUCAAUGCGAUUCUCGUCCUCUCUCGAUUGAUUUCGUUAGAUUUACAUUUUUGACAAGUCCUCGCUCCCAAUAUUUGGAUUUUUUUUUUCCUUUUGCCCCAUUGCUCUUUGAUAUCGUUUUUCAAAUAAAUUUAAAAUCAUAGUAUUGCGUGCGUGUCGCUCGUAUGUGAAUGACCUAUUUUUAUUUAUGUUAUUUUUUUUUUCUCCCAUUUCUUUUGUGUGUGUUUUUUUUAAUCUGUGGGUUGCGUGAAUGACUGCGAAAGGAGUUUGCAAGCAAAUGCGAAUUUUUUUAAAGCGACGUUUAGAAAACAAACUUAAAAAAUUGAUUUUUCGGGGGUUAUUUUCUUACAUUCUUUUUAGAACGUGGCUCAUUUUCAUCACAAAUAUACGCGCUAAAAAAAGGGGGAAUGGUUGUCCACAUCACUUUUGCUAAGUUUCUACCGUUAAAAAUAUCUAUGGAAAUCUGAUUCGACUUUGUAGCGUUUAUCAUUUCAUCAUUUGCUCAAAAUCGUCGCUUUUUUUAUUCAAAAAAAAAAAAGAUUUGCUUGAAUUUGUUUUGUUGCUCUAAUCGCAAUUCAGUUCAACAAAUUUCCCUUCCUGCUGUUUCUUCCUCACUUAAAUGUUUGUUUUUUUUCAAUUUUUUCUUUUACGAUGAAAAAUGCCAAUUCAGAUGUGCUACAUUAUAAACACAAAAAAAAAAGUAUGUCGUGCGAAAGAAACAGACUGUAAUACAUGCCCCUCCAGCCCCUCAAUCGACUCUUGAAUAAAGAAAAAAAAAUUGUUCAUCCCGUA